AUGAAUCCUCUACUACAACUCUAUACAUUAUCUUUAAUAUCCACCCCAGCCUACACCGCCGGCCCAUUUAUCAUCUCAACCUGGGCUACAUCCGGCUUUAGCCAAGCUUCCGAAAACGCAUGGCAAGCCUUAAGAUCAGGCCAGUCUAGACUAGAAUCUUUGGUGCAAGGUCUAGAGACAUGUGAACAGUUACGGUGUGAUCGUACUGUAGGAUACGGUGGAUCUCCGGAUGAAAGUGGAGAAACGACACUUGAUGCAUUGAUUAUGGAUGGCCCUAGACAUGAAAUGGGUGCUGUGGGAGACUUGAGGAAUGUUAAAACAGCAGCUAGAGUGGCUUGGAGUGUCAUGAAUUAUACUACUCAUUCAUUCAUUGCUGGAGAUCAAGGUACAAUUUUAUUUUUUUAAAGAUUUUUUACCCUACCCUACCCUACCCUUACCUACCCUACCCUACCCUACCCUAUCCUACCCUACCCUAUCCUACCCUACCCCUACCCUACCCUACCCUAUCCUACCCUACCCUACCCUACCCUACCCUACCCUUACCUACCCUACUCUACUUUAUCCUACCCUACCGUACCUAACCUUGCUUUACCCUAGCUAUCCUAAAAACCUUGCUACUCUAAAAUUGUUUGCAAUUCCUUACCCUACUUUGCUCUACCCCACUCUUUUUUCCUAUGCACCUUACCCUACCCUGUUCUACUGCCUUUGCUUUAUCUCAACCAGUCUGUAGCCUGUCUAAUUUUAACAUUAUUUUACUUUGAUUACAGUUCAAGCUUAUUCUUGUUUUUUAUAACUUUAACCAAAAUUUCGAAUUUAAGCCUUCUUUACCUUACCUAACAUUCUCUUACUUUUUAAACUUAUCAUCAAAAAAUAAUAAUAAUUUUUCCAGCAACAAAAUUUGCGGUUCAAAUGGGUUACAAGUUGGAAAACUUGACAACAAAUGACUCGGUUCAAUCUCAGAAAGCCUGGAUAUCUCAAAACUGUCAGCCAAACUUCUGGAAGAACGUUGAGCCAAACAGUAAAAGGACUUGUGGACCAUACAAACCCAUCAGAAGGUUGAACUUGAAGACUCAAGUACAAAGAACGUUGAUUCAAGAGCUGGAACACUACUCCCAAACUAGUCAUGACACUAUUGGUAUGGUAGUUGUAGAUGAGAAUGGUGACAUCUCCGUUGGCACUUCCACUAAUGGGGCUGGACAUAAAAUUCCGGGGUAAGAGGAACUUUACUGUGAAAGAUUGUUUGUUCUCAUCAAUAAUUUGAAAGGAGGGGGGGGACUGGGAGGAUUAGCUUUAUAAUAGUCUGGUAACUACAAUAUAAUUUUAGACGAAUUGGUGACUCACCAAUCCCAGGGGCUGGAGCAUACGUUGACAACGAUGUGGGUGGAGCAGCUGCUACUGGUGAUGGUGAUCAAAUGAUGAGGUUUUUACCAAGGUAAGUAGGGCCCUUUCUAUAGGUUAGGGAAGAAGGGUAGAGUAAAAAGAUAGAGUAUAGGUUGGGUAGAGUGAUAGGAUAGACAAGUGAAGUAAAGGGGUAAGGCAGACGAGAGAGGUAGGGUAGAAAGGUACGGUAAGGUUGGGUAAAGAAGUAGGGUAUACGGGUAUAAUGGAGGGGUAGGGUUAGAUAUGAGGAAUGGAACGGUUCGGCUUUUGCAUAACAGACCGGGCUUGAAAAUUAAGGUACGGCCCGGCCGAAAUAGCCUGGUUGGUUUACACGUUAAAAAAUAGGGCCUAGCCGAACCUAAGCAACAUUUAGAUCGGACCGGGCUUAAAAAAUGGGCCCGGUCUGUUUUUCAUGUCUAGGGGAGGGGUCGAGGGACAAAUUAGAAGGAUAGGCUAGAAGAAUAGGCUACCGUGAUAGAGUAGAAGGGCAUAGUAAAAAUAUACUUUAAAAUUCCAGUGCCAUCGCCGUAGAACAAUUGAGAAACGGCUUGUCACCUCGAAAAGCGGCCCAAACCGCAAUUUUGCGAAUAAAACAGUACUACCCCAACUUCUUCGGCGCCAUUAUUGUAGCGACCAAGAACGGUGACUAUUCGGCAGCGUGCAAUGGAAUGUCCAAGUUUUCGUUUUCUGUGCCCAGCGACAGUGGAGUUAGCGUGGAGAGUGUUAAAUGUGAAUAG